GACUGUCACUAUUUUGUGUUAUAGAAAUUAUAGGAUAGAUAUUUUUGUUAGUAAUAAGCAAGGUACGGAAGUAAAACUUCUAGGAAUUGUGUUAUAACCAAGGUGCCUUGAAACAAGCUGAGGACGGUUGUUUUCUCAUAAGUGGUCGUGUGGCUCCCAGUGAUAAUAGUGGGGAAAAAGACUAAAACGCUGUCAUUGCAUUACACCUCUUCACUAUUAAGCAAUUUAAUCAACAAAUGGCAAGUUUAAAAGUACUUGCUUUGUAUGGCCGACCGUAAAAGCCACUACUACAAUUAGAACUUAUCGAAAAUGAUGGAGACUCGGUAUUACGAAGGUUGCGGGCGUGAAGGCCCCAUACGAUGUAUCUUUUUGGGCGAGUUUCAUCCCGUAGCUGGCCCUAAAAUUGCUUGUCAGUUUCCAGAAGAUUAUAUAUCAAAAGAAGUAUUCGAUUCUAUAAGUGCCUUUAUCAUCCCCAAGCCUCAGAUACAAAGAUGCACAAUGACAAUAAAUGCUUUGGGCCACAAAAUAGUGGGCUACCCCAUCCGGAUAGACAGCUCGCGCUACGAACGGAACGCGUACCUGUUCAACCUCUGCUUCGUGUGCGACAGCUGGUCCAAAACCGUGCAGUACGAACCGGUCGUCAAGAAACUUGGAGAACAUUUGACCAUAAUGGAGGAAGAGACGCGUUUCGUGUCGAGCGGGGCCACGCGGCUGCCGACGCUGCUGGCGCACCUGCUGCACGACCUCAACACGCAUCGCAAAUCGACGCUCGUCGAAGGGGACACGGUGAUGCACCUGAAGGUGGUGGAGGUGCGCGCGGACCCGGCGCCGGUGCACGACCACGACGUCCCCGUGCUGGUGGCGAGCGUGGGCACGCCGCGGCCGGGCGCGCCGGGCCGCCGGGCCCCGGGCCGCGGUGUGCCCGCGCGCGCCUCGCCCGCGCGCCGCGCGCAGGAGCAGCACCUCGACAGCGACGGGCCCGUCGACGUCGACAUCAACGACGACUGGGAUCUCACUACCCGACAGAUCUUACCCCACAUCACCGGUUACAACCACGUGUCUAAGAUCGCGGCCGACACUAACGUAGAGAAGACUUUGGUGAAGUCUUGUAUUCAAAACCUUGUCUACUAUGGAGUGGUGACAUUAAUACCAGUGAUCAAAUUUACAAACAUGUACCGAGCCACUCCGAACCUCAGCCGCCUGUUCAGUGAUAAGGAGUUACAGAAGUCAUGCUUGGCUUUCAUCACCAAAGGAUCGGACAGCAAGGAAAAGCCGACGAUAUCUGACGUGCUGGAGAUGCUGUGCGCGCUGCAGCAGGGCACGACGCUGCGCGCCGUGUGCGAGCGGCACGCGGCCGGCGCGCGCGCCGCCUUCGACGUGCGCCGCCUAGUGCUCUACGCGCAGCUGCACGGCCUCAUCAAGUGCCUGAAAAGGUUCCCGGUGUACAUCCGGACGCCGAGCCGCGGCGCGACGUUCGGGCGCGGCGGGGAGGCGCCGGGCAUCCGGCGGCUGUUCACCGGCCGGCACUGCGCCGACGAGAUCUGCUGCCUCGCGCGCAUCGACCUGCCCACGCUCGACCAGAUCAUCGAGGACGACCCCAACGUCGCCGUCAUUUGGAGAUAAACUACUAGGCGCCACUUGCACCAUCCCACUAUCCCAGGGUUACGCGGUUAAACCGUUAACCCAGUGUCAAGUUGUACUGUUACCAUAGUAACUCCAGGUUUAACCCGUUAACUCCAGGUUUAACCCGUUAACUCCAGGUUUAACCCGUUAACUCCAGGUUUAACCCGUUAACUCCAGGUUUAACCCGUUAACUCCAGGUUAGAGGGAUGGUGCAAGUGGCCCUAGUUGUCUUAUCACGACAACGCCUUGGUCCCCCGCUGAGGUCACCGGUACGUGCAGUGUCUAUGGGUCACUUUUUCAUACAGUUCAUUGUAUCAGGAAAGGUAAUGCGUCUUUCCUGUGGACAACGUAAAAUACCCGUUCGACCCUUCUGUUUCUAUUAAUUAGUACAAUACCUAGUUAAGUAUUAGGGUAAAGUUUAAUAAGGUUUACAAUAGUCCACGGGAAACACACCAGUAAAGCUGUGCGCCUAUUUAAACGUCUCUAGAGACCCCUGAUCCUGCCAAAUCCUGACUUCGUAUUUAGUAUUUAUAAACAGUAUAUCCCGGAUUUAUUUGUUUUCAUUUUAGGUUAUGGUUUCGUUAUUAUUAAUCACUUUUGAUAACCGAUUUUUAGGUUAAGAUCAAGCUAACUAGAUUGAAAGUCUUCGCGUCGGGCUACACUAUUUCACGAAAUGUAUCAACUAAACUAGACAGUGCUGGUCACUAUUAGCGGUUGCAGUACAUUCCCCUAUGGCAACAACUGCUAGAGGUCUUAAAUAUAAUCUUGCACUUCAUUAAAUAGUUAGAAUGAUAUAUAACGCAUUAUUGGAUGAAUGAGACUUUUGUCACGUCUUUAUCGAAUAGUAUUAUAAAAACCGCCUGGAUGGCUGUAACGGCAAAAACUACUUAGGCUACUUAAGAGGGGGCAUAAAGCCAAUAUAUUAAAAUGAAAGGAAAGAUAUGGCACGCCGCGUGAAACUUGCGACAAAAUAUUGUCUUUAUCGCAAUUUUUUAUUUAUCUUAAUUUCUCUGCAAAAGUACUUAAAAUUUUACUCAGAACCUGCUAUGAAUAAUACUGCUAUGGUAUACUGAGUAACGAUAUACGACUCAAAAUAAAUGAAUAUUACAUAUGUUUUAGUCAUUUUUCUAUCAACACAACUUUAACUUUCUAUGGUUUUGGUCGGUGUCUGGUUGUCUGCCAUGUGUCUGCCCUUGAAAAUUUGGCGUUCAUUAAAAUGUAAAAAUUCAAUAUAAAAAGUAUAAUAUUGUGUUAGCCCCCUCUUAAUAGACAGUUAGCGGCAAACAUUAUGGUACCUUUUCAGUAUGUACACAAUUUCACUGAAUUAAAAUUACACAACUUCGCUUUUACACGCGUAUUUUAACUUGAUAAGUUUGAUAAACUGAGUGUAAAUCAGAUAGCAUGCCGAAUGUGGCAAUGAGUUUCGACAAUUUAUUAGCUAUAAGCCUAAGUAUUCAUAGGUGAGGUGAUUUGUCUCGAAUUUUGAGCAACAUAUUUGGCGCGUGAUUCACGUGCGUCGUUUUGAGUAUUAUAGAUUUUAAGGGAGGCCCUUUGUAGUUUACUAUGAAUUUUCAAGAUGGGUUAAGGUUUUUUAUUUAUGUUAUUAAUUUUAUUUUUAAGUACAUAUUAUAGGACAUGUAUUUUUAUGAACAAGAAAAGUGUCUUAAGAUCGGUUAUCCUAGGAUAGCGGUGCCGUUAUAUAGCGGCCGUCUCCAUACUAAAUAAUACGGCUAAAUAUGGAUGUCGUAGUAUUUGUAUGGAGACGGCCGCUAUAUGACGGCACCGCUGUCCUAGGAAACAAGAGCAUUAGGGAUCUUCGACUGAAAACGUAUUACAUGUAAUAUUGCAGUUAUAUUAUAACACUGUAACAUUAAGUUCCUUAUAGGUGGUAAUUGGAGAAUGCCUACAUAUUUAUUAUUAUCAGACAUCGUAUAUUUUCCAGCAUUUUUGGUGCGGCGGAGUGGUGUUAACGGAAUUGGUAUAAAUAAUUUCAACCCUAAUGAUUAAUUAGCGUUAAUUACGUUAAUAUUAACCUUAUUUACUAUUUCAGUUGAAAUUAUCUAUCUAUACAAAUUCCGUUAACACCACUCUGCUGCACCAAAAAUGCUGGAAAAUGUACGAUCAUUGAUUAUUAUAUUAAACAUUAAACCUAACGUCCAUAGUCCAGUGAACCGUUUUCCGGGCAUAGUACAAUUUAUCGACCACAUAAGCAUCAAUACAAUUAUAACUCUAGCAUUUCGAUUUAAGUUUCAAUUUAGAUUGGACUUUCGGGAAAUAUGUGUUUUAAAAUUAAUCAUCAAACCUGGAUUAAUUGGAAUAUAUGUAUUUAGAUUUAUCGGGAAAACUUUGUAGAUUGGUGCGGCCUGGAAAAGGGUUAUUCUAUUUAUCUUAAAAAUAUUUGUAAUACAUAAGGAAUGUUCCUUUAUUCUUUACUGUCGAUACAGCUUGCCUAGCCAAGGUUACAAUCGCUAUCGCUUCGACAACGAAAAGCAUUAUGUCUCUCUAUCACUCUUCCAUAUUAGUGCGACAGUGACAGUUGCGUUUCGAUCGCUACGGAGCGUAAGCGAUCGGCAUCUUGGCUACGCAGCCUGUACCUUACUACUACUGUACUGUUACUACUGUGUAAAGUAUGAUUGAAGAUGAUUAAUUAAUAUCAACUUUGUGUGAUUGACGGGGCUACAACUUUUAGUACCGAUGGUAUAAAAUAGAUUACCCGAUCGGCACCAUAAGUUAUAGCUUUGUUGAUGUGUAUUAGGUACCGGGAGACUAUUUGUUGAAUAAUUUAAUAUGGGUAAAUAAAAAUAGUACGCACGUGAGAGGUGAAGUGUGUGGAUUUUGUUAGUUAUAUUAAUCGCUUUUCACUAAUUUAACUUGCAUAAGGUUAAAGUAUAGUAUUGUUCGGUGGUUGGUGGUGUGGGUGUACGGCCUCUGCAGGAAAGAUAAAUUGUCGCGGGACGUGUUUUCACGAACCUAAUUUAUUAUGUUAGUGAUACGUAAGUUUUAUUCAAAUUAAAUAAGAAAGUGACUAAGCACUUAUACUUAUUACCUAUAAAAUGUUAGUUCCUUAUGUUUAUCAUGACUUUGAUGAUUUUCAUAUAGCCCUAUAACUUUCUGAGAAUUUAAAAAUUUAGUUGUGUGCUAAUGGCUAUUCGGUCGAUGGAGGGAGGCCCGCGUGACAACUACAAUGUCACGCGGGCACAUACAUUUAAAUAAUUUUUCGUGAAUUUUUACCAGACCAUUGGUAUGUGGCCGGAUCUGCCAAUUCGUUAAAAACAUCGUACCACGACGAAUGAAUCCUUAUUUGCAACGCAGCUUUGUUCUUAGUAUUGACUUAUUUGUUACGCAGUGAUAAAUGUUUUCGGAACUGACGGUGACGCAGUAUGUUUGAUUGUAACAUUUCACGUGUUCAGUCCAAUUUUGGCCGAGGGGCGAUCACAACAUUUAACAAGCAUAAGAACAAGAAAAUGAGGCUUUAAUAGUUCACACGGAAAUUUAGGUUUUAAUUUGUCUUAUCUAUUUCUGAAAGAAACCACUUAUGUAGUUGGUAAAACAAAGAAUACAUUUUAGAGUAAAAUAUUUAAGUUACUAGAAAUUAGUGUUUACUUAGCAUCAUUAUAAGUACUUUUGGGAAAAGAAAAGACCAAAAUAGUUUUUCAAUAUCUGCUUAACCGUUACAGAUACCUAGCUACUUAUUAGAGCCACGAUCUAUCAAUCCUAUAAUUGACUAGACGGGCCCGCAGCUCCGCUCGCGUACAUGAAAUAAAGAGUGUGUCAACCCUGCCAGGGUUCAUAACCAUACCUGGGAUAACUCGUAAUUGAUACCUAUUGUAAAUUUUCAGUCUCCUUUUGAUUAAUUCACGCCAGCUCCCCAUGGGAAUUAAUUUAAUUGUGACGUGCGAAAGGAAAAUCCUCGGGAUUUUCAAACAUGCUACAGAAACAAACAAGUCGUCAUACCUACCUACCUACAAUUGGCAAUGAAAGUCAUGCUUUCAAGGUAACAUAUUGAUCAUAAAAAGUAAGAACUACGAAGACAAUGAACGAUUCAUUAACACCAUUACUAAUGUAAUAUUUAAUGGUUACCUUGUAAUGAAAAUGCGAACCUUGAUUAAUUGUGAUAUGCCACUUGUAUUUAUGUCAAGUAUGCAUGUAAGGACUACGAAGGACUCUCUUCAAACUUCAAAAUCAUGUACCUAAUAUAAUUGUUAAUAUUGAAAAAAUAUGUAUAAUUUUUAGGGUUCCGUACCCAAAGGGUAAAACGGGACCCUAUUACUAAGACUUCGCUGUCCAUCCGUCCGUCUGUCUGUCUGUCACCAGGCUGUAUCUCACGAAUCGUGAUAGAUGAAAUUUUCACAGAUGAUGUAUUUCUGUUGCCGCUAUAACAACAAAUACUAAAAACAGAAUAAAAUAAAGAUUUAAAUGGGGCUCCCAUACAACAAACGUGAUUUUUGACCAAAGUUAAGCAACGUCGGGAGUGGUCAGUACUUGGAUGGGUGACCGUUUUUUGUUUGCUUUUUUUUUGUUUUCUUUUUGCAUUAUGGUACGGAACGAAAACAGGUAAUCAAUACACUAACAUUUGGUUUCUAAUGGGUGGUACAAUUAUUUUUUUGUUAUGUAUGAGUUCGAAGACAGGAUUUUUCCAUCGCCAUUCACUUAGUUAAAAAAAGACUAUCUACAAAUUUAUCACUGCCGCUUAUCAUGGGAAUGAAAUGAAUGGGGCAUGCCCCAACCCCAAACCUCAAAAAUCCCAGGAUAAUUUCAAUUUUAUAGAUUUGGAUGUGAUUGUUAAGUUAGUGCGACAGUAUCAAAAGUAUUGAAUGUUUUGAGGCUUGCUGUAGGUCCAUGUGUUAUGUGCUUAUGUGACCUAUUUGAUGAUGAGUCACCAGCGAAUUUGCCAGUAUUAUUUACGAGUAUAGCUUGUUAAGAUACGUGUUAAGGAGAGUUCUCCAUUUGGUCACCGCGGCACUGGUUACGUGCGUACGUUGUAUUAAGAGGCCGUACAUAAUUUAGGUGCUAAUUUGUGUUCUUGUUCCAUAAAGUUAAGUAACAACGGGGGAAAUUUAAUAAAAAAAAACCAAGGUUUUUGUGUCCUAAUAUUAAUUACAUUCAGAACUUUGGCUCCAGAGUCGUUUAAGUCUUAGGAAGUGUAAGACAACUUAUUUAUCUGUAUUUUUAUGCCACUUAUGUCACUAAUUUGUGUGAUUGUAUCCCUGUAAUGGAAAAUGGGAUACAAACUGCGUGAUGUUCCGUAAUCUAUGUUGAUCCUUCGAAUCGGCUGCGGGCCGCGAUUUUCUUUGCCCUAUAGUAUGAAUUUUCUCAACAUGAUAUCGUAUUAGAUCUCACGAAAGAAAAGAACGAUGAAUUAAUAACUUGUACAUGUAAAUAAGAAAACGUUCAAUGUUUAUGUUUACACCCGCCGUAUCGUUGUGGUGUCGCGUUAAUAUAUAGACACCAUACUGGGUUAUAAUUAUGAUGCAAAUCGCAACUCCUGUAGUUUACUUCGCAGUGAUAUCUUGUUUUUGUUUGAAUAAUGCUGUUGACGAAGGAUUGAUUAUUAGUUCGGUACUGUUCACUGUUUGUAUCGUUUCGCCGAGGUAGGGCGUUACCGGUGGAAAAUUAUUAAUUAAAUAACUUUAAUAUUGUAACUUGUCAACUAUAAAAUAUCUGUCAAACUUAAUAAAUCUUCUGUAUGUG